AUGCAUAUCGCAUGGACUUCCGCCGCAAAAUCCGCAAAGAAGCGCAAGCGACUCGCUAAGGGCGGCGAGGCCGUUCUCCGCGCAUUCGGGGAUCCGGAUGACGUGGCCGCAGCACCUUCGAUCGAUGACGUGGCCGUGGCUGACGAGGCGCGCGAAGAUUUCGCCACGUGUACCCCAGGCGAGAUGGAACCUAGGAGAAAGACGAGAGUUCAGGAGACGGCGCAGCUUCAGCAGAGGGGAAACACCUUGGCACAGGCACGUGGGGGCCACGUACCCGCUUCUGCUCCCUCCCUCACCACUCUCUCCUUCUCCUCGCCCUGCAUUCCCCCCUUGCUCCCCCUACCACUCCCCUAUACACUCCCUCAGGAAGGAGAGUUUUCUGCUGCUCUUGCCGCGUGGGACGCUGCCAUUGGCCUGUCUCCCCUGCCACGUCAGCGCGCGGUGCUGUUCGAGCAGAAGGCGCAGGUGCUGAUGGAGAUGGGGCGGCUGUGGGAGGCCGUCCGAGCUGGCACAUGCGCCACGGAUAUUGCCCCAGAUUGGCACAAUGCGUGGGUGACAUUGGCACGCGCUCAGCUCAACUUUGGAGAGCCCCACCUCGCCCAAGCCUCCUUCUCCCGCGCACUCCUGCUGCAGCCUGGCAGCACGGAGACACAGCAGGAGCUCAGGGAAGCCUCGCGAUUGGCUGUGAAGCAGCGCCAGCUGGCAGCAGCGGCUGACAGGUGUCCUGAGAUGCGGACACGUGGUGAAGAGAGGUUGGUCGAGGAGGGGCCUGAGGGUGGGGGACAGCAGCAGGAGCAGGAGGAGGAAGAGCAGGAGAAUGAGCAGCAGCGGCAGGAGCAGGAGGAGCAGCAGCAGCUGGUGAGGAGACGUGAGAGGGGAAAUGGAGACGGUAAUGACAGCAAUGGGCAUGCUGAAGCUGCUGGUGCUGCCACUCCUGCUAACGCUGCUGAUGCUGAUGCUGAUGAUGCUGGUGGUGAUGCUGAUGAUGCUGGUGGUGAUGCUGAUGCUGCUGCCGAUACUGGUGGUUGA